CUCUUCCAUCCCUUUCCCAAUCCCCCCAGGCCAUGGGCUCCCAGGGGAACUUGUCGGCUGAGGUGGAACAGGCUACAAGACGCCAAGUGCAGGGCAUGCAGAGCUCCCAGCAGAGAAACCGAGAACGCGUCCUGGCCCAACUUCUUGGCAUGGUCUGCGACGUCAGGCCCCAGGUCCACCCCAACUACCGGAUUGCUGUCUAGGAUCCACCGUAGGGCCUAACUGUUCCCUUCCAGUUCCCUUCCUCAAAGAAAUCCCCCAAUCAAAAUUACCUCCCACCAUCUUCGCUGCUUCUUUCCCACUUGCUCUCCAUUCCCUGGAAAUUCUAGGGGCAAGAUCCAAUAAUUCUGUGAAAUUUAGAAGUUCUCCUGUUCAGAUCUGAAUCUCCUUAUUGUUCUUUAACCUUCACUGGGACCUUGAAAACUCCCAAGUCACCCUCACCUGACCCCUCUUUGAAAUUUGUAUCAUGGAGAAGUAGGGAUGUGAAAAACACUUUGGCUUCAGAGCCUGGCAGGCUGAAGUCCCUUUCCCAACCCUGCCACUUGCUGGAACAGGACAAGCUACUUAACCCCUAGUCCAAUGUCCUCCUCUACGGGACUAAAAUGAUGAUGAUGAUAAUAAUACCUACCUUAUAGGGUUGCUGCAAUGAUUAGGAAUCACUCUGUAAAGAGCCUAGUGUGGUUUCUGGCAUCUAGUAGCUGUGAUUCAAUAAAUGGUAGCUUUAUGGUAUUAUUACCACUCCCUGCCCACCUGCCAAAACCUAAACACAGCUGUUUCCUCACAUUCGUCAACGGUUCUCUAAUUCUACUCAUUCAUUCUGUGAACCUAGUAAUUCUCUGAAGAAUUAGUUCUUCCCACCUCUCUUUCCCCAGAGCUUUAUGAUCCCUGAAAAGUAAUGAAGACCUCGUUUAGCCUCUCUACUGUGAUUCCAGGAAGAUGUUGAAUUUCUUAGUCUUUCUUUUUGUUUCUAAGUUGGUCUUUCCCUUUACUGGAUUCCCCCUUUUCCGAUUUCCCCGAAGACCCAUCAGAUGCUCACUGCUUCCUGAGAUCUAAAGUGAUGCUAUGUUCCGUUGUAUGCAUGGCUUUCCUUUCUACAUCUUGAACACCUUUCCCUUGUAACAAUGAAAAAGUGUCAAUAAAAAAACUAUGGGCAAAUCAA